AUGCCUCGGGCCGCGCAGAUGGUCAAACAGGCCUGCGAUGCCUGUCGUCGUCGCAAGGUCAAAUGCAAUGCACAACGUCCCUGCAGCCAGUGUCGAUCAGCUGGACUCAACUGUCAGACUUCGCUGGUCCGCCAGAAAAAAGGCCGACAGGGCCGAACCGCCAAUGUGCUCACCGAGUUGCGCACACAGUUGGCUGGAGACAACAAUAAUGAACCAUCCAGUCCGGCUGAUGCGCAUCAGACGGUAGGGGGUGGCAAUGGACGAUGCCAUUUCACUCGCUCUGAGCAUCUGCUGUCCCGAGAGCUGCUCCGAGAUUGCUCCGAGUACUUCUUUGCCCGCAUGCAAGGCACUGUGCCUAUUCUGCAUGAGGAGACAUUCCAGCGAUAUGUGGAUCAGAUGGAUACGUGCGUCCAUGCCUAUUGUCUGGUGGCAUCCUUCGGCGCGUUCGUGAUGAUGCAAACCGGCUACUCCUCCUGUCGGCCGGGCGAACAAUGGGCCAAGAGUAUGGUCAACGGUCGCGCAUUGCUAGAAGAGGCCACCGAGGCAAGGAGACAUCUCGACCCGCUGACCAUCCCGGUCCGGUCGAGUAUCACCAUUGCCUUUCUGCUGUACGGAUGCCAUAUCGCACUGGGGAAUCAGCGCCAUGCGUACUACUUUCUGCGCGAGGCGACCACCCUGUACACGGCCGGUAUGCUGGAUAGCCAGUCCGGUGCGUUGGAAGGGGACGGUGAACAUCCAUCCAUGUCGGGGAAGCUCUUUUGGCUGCUCGUCAUUUCCGAACGAGCCCAUGCCAUUCGCCGACAUCGUCCAGUCACCCUGCAAAUCACCGCCAGUAGCCCUUCACUAGACGAGCCCUCCGCUCUCGACGCAGCUAGCAUAGGAUUCCGCUGCCUGGCCGACCUCUAUCGCCCGUUCGACGAGUCGUUCCUUGGACUCUGGAAUGGCACGCAUACGACUUGUUCCCCCGAGGGCCUUAUCCAACUCGAUGAGCAUAUUCGCAAUGCUGUGCCCGCCGACUUGGAGCUUCCGGAUAUUCUCAUGGCCGAUCUGCGUGUCUCCCAGCAGUGGCUGCGCACUAUGAUCUGGCAGUUAUCCACCACGGCCGGGUUCCUCUCCAGCAAGGCGACGCACCCUUGUAUGGAGUUUCGCUAUCCGCUGGAGAUCGCCCGCGAUCUCUCCAUGGCAACGUGGAAACUAUCCCCUCAGAGUAUGGAGACUCAUGGCAUCGGGCUGAUUGAGAAGAUUUUUGAGGUCGCAUGCACCCUAACCGAUGUGAUGGCCUGUUUGUCCACGGCUGGCUUGCGCUCAUCUGCCUUCAGAUUAGGACCGCAAGACUACCUGAAACAUUUUUUCUCGCUCGUCCACAACCUUCCCGGUGGGCGACAGCGCUUCUUGCCCUUGCUGUUGACCAAGAUCGGACAGACGCUACCGUCAAUGCUACAACCCAUCACGCAGCAUUUGAAUCUUCCAGCAACAGCCACGGACCCUCCGCCCUCAUCCGACAAGGCAUCCGAAGUUUAUGCGGAUCUGUGGCCCGACGAUCAGUCGUACAGCGACUUCAAUUAUGCCGAGAUGAGUCGCAUUGGCGAUAAGACGCCCGAGAUCGAUGAAGCUUUCAUGCAGUAUUUGAACUCUAAAUCGUGA